UUCCCUUUGCUUGCACAUCAAUCAGACAUCAUCCCGGUUUUACCUCGCUCGCUAGGGUUUCUCUAAUCAAAAUUUCACUUCCUAAAUCCAAUCAUAGAGAGAAACCGAGGAAGAUCGAUAGUUAAAACCAGGGUUUCUAUGUGUUGGAUGUCUCUUCUCCCUCUCUGUCAAGUUUGAUUUACGUGAAUGGAUAUCAUGAAGACAACUUCAUACACAGAUGAUCUUUCCUCUUCACCUUCACCAACCUAUCGAAAUAGGAACGUGUUCCUAAUGUUGGCCAGGAGAGAGAUAGCUCCGAGAAUUAGAAAGGGUUUACAGCGAAGGCAAGGGAGUGGAACUUCUGAGCAUGACCAUCGGUCGUUUGUUAAACCCAAAAGUGAAAGUGCUCGGGAUUCAAGGCGGGAACUUCUUUCAUGUGCAGCUAUAUCGUUUUUCCAAAUUACGUGUUCUUAUAGGGUGGAGGCUGAGUCCUUGCGGUGUUUAUCAGCCAAGUAUUGUCCAUUAAUGCCUUCACCGAGAUCAACUAUUGCAGCAGCAUUUAGUCCAGAUGGGAAAAUUCUUGCGUCUACUCACGGUGACCAUACCGUCAAAAUAAUUGACUGCCAAACUGGGAAAUGUCUGAAGGUUUUGAGUGGACAUCGAAGGACACCUUGGGUGGUUAGAUUUCACCCGUUGCGUCCAGACAUACUUGCCAGUGGAAGCUUGGACCAUGAAGUUCGCUUAUGGAAUGCAAAUACUUCAGAAUGCAUAGGAUCCCGUGAUUUUUACCGGCCUAUUGCUUCCAUUGCAUUCCAUUCUGAAGGAGAACUGCUUGCAGUUGCUGCAGGCCAUAAGCUGUACUUAUGGCAGUACAGUGGCAAAGGAGAGACCUCCUCACCUGCUAUCGUAUUGAGGACAAGGCGUUCUCUUCGUGCCGUGCAUUUCCAUCCACAUUCAUCUCCACUUUUAUUAACCGCUGAGGUCAAUGAUCUUGACUCUUCGGAUUCUAAAAUGGCACCUGCAACAUCUCUUGGUUAUCUGCAUUAUCCCCCUCCUGCUGUAUAUAUGGGCAAUAUGCAUCGGAUAGAUCGUCUAAGUUUAGCAGCAGAACUACCGUUGAUGCCCUUACCUCUCUACUCUCCUUCAAUUCUAAGAGUUGAUUCAAGGCCACAACCGCAGAACGGCAGUAGACCUGUUGGCUCGAAUACCAGACUGUUAGAAUCUUCUGAUCAACAUAUAUUUCAUGCAAAUUCAACCGAACAAUAUGAACAUCUGAUGGCUUCUUCUAUGCCUACUUCUAACACCCAUAAUCCCGUAAAUGAUAGUUUAGCUAAUCAAAAUCGUAGCUCGUUGCAACUUUCAGAUGGAUCCCAUCAAGAUGGUCCUUCAAACAUGGAUAUCUCUGGUGUUGAAGGUGUUCAUGAAUCAAGACCUAGUUCGUUGGCUCAGGCGUCGGACGAGAUUAGGCAAGACCUAUCAAGAGAUCGGGUACGUUGGGAAUUACCCUUCAUGCAAGGAUGGUUAAUGGGUCAUAAUCAAGUUGGCACGCCAUCAACAUUUCCUCUUAGGGGUAGUCCACAUAGAUAUUCAGUUGGUGACAGGAGGCCAGGUUUAACAUCUUUGACACCUGAAUCGACAAAUACUAGUAGGGAAGUUGCGGAGGCUUCUUUGGUCAUGCCAUACAAUAUGAAUAGGGUGAAUCCUGAAAGACCGGGAUUAUGGGAUUUUUAUCCACAUGCUACUUUGACUUCUGCAUCGGAAUACAGGCAAAGUGCUCCAACCAAUGAGCCAAACGACGGUGGUGACUCGUUUCCCAUUAUAAGUCGAAUAGAGUCUCAGCUGUCGGCAUCACUGGCUGCCACAGCGGCUGCUGAGUUGCCGUGCACCGUGAAGCUAAGAAUAUGGCCUCAUGAUUUGAAAAAUCCAAGUGCCUCACUCAAGGUUGAACGAUGCCGUCUAGUUAUUCCACAUGCUGUCCUUUGCAGCGAAAUGGGUGCCCAUUUUUCACCUUGUGGAAGAUAUCUAGCUGCUUGUGUUGCAUGUGUGCUUCCUCAGUUUGAAGCCGAUUCUGGGAUGCCAACCCAACUCCAUCAAGAGGCCAGGGGGGCUGGAACAUCUCCUACACGACAUCCUAUUUCUGCUCGUCAAGUGAUCUAUGAACUUCGAAUAUAUUCACUCGAGGAGGCAACCUUCGGUUCGGUACUUAUCUCAUGGCCAAUUAGAGCUGCUCACUGUUUGACGUCAAUCCAGUUUUCACCUACUUCUGAGCACAUACUGCUUGCUUAUGGUCGACGCCAUAGUUCCCUUCUCAAAAGCAUUGAUAUAAAUGGGGAGACUUCUUUAUCUAUUUACACGGUUUUGGAGGUAUAUAGAGUUUCGGAUAUGAAACUCGUGAGUGUGCUUCCUAGCGCAGAAGAUGAGGUGAAUGUAGCAUGUUUUCACCCUUUCUCGGGGGGAGGUAUUGUCUAUGGAACAAAGGAAGGCAAGCUUAGAGUCCUUCAAUUUAAUGGUGCUCACGGGAUGACUUUCACUAGACCCGAUCACUUUCUUGAAACACAAAUGGAUGUAGAACGAUAGUACAGGGUCAGGCUUUAUGCUUUAGAAUGUUAAAACACAGCCAUGAUGUUUCACAUCUAGUGGGACGAUUAAACGACCAAUUGUGUUACAGGAACUUGCACCAGCUCUCCUAACCGAUGCUGCUAGCUGGAAUUGGUUCCGUGGCCUUCUGCUCGGGUGUUUUCUUUUUCUCUCUCACUUUUGACCGUUUUCUUGUAUGUUUACCCAUGUACAAUGUGUUUGUUAACAAGUUGUAGUACACCUCAAGAAGUCGCCAUUUCCCGUGGCCAUAUUCGGUUGUAUGUAGGGUUUUAGGGAUCCAACAAAUAUUGUAUAUCGAGACGAGAUUGUUUCCCCAUCAUAGACGUUUUCUCCAUAGCUUUCUUGGUAAAAUGGUGUCGGUUUUGUUCUUCUUCACUUUUUUUCCGUUUAAUCGUAUAGUUUCAUACUUGUAUACAUGAUAAUACAAGUUUUACCAUUUUUUUUGGCCAAUUAU